CAGGAGGAGGUGAGCAUGGAGACGGGUUUGGCCGAGAUACCAGAGCUGAGAGUGGUCUCUCCCAAGAUUUCUCCCUUUUCCCAAGAGAAAAGUACAGAAGAGGGAGAGAUGGCUGCCCUCUGCCUGACAGCCAGACCCCAGACAUCAGUGACUUUUAAGGACGUAGCCAUGGACUUUACUCCAGAAGAAUGGGGAAAGCUGGAUCCUGUACAAAGGGAUGUGAUGCUGGAGAACUAUAGAAACCUGGUCUCGUUUUGGCUUCCAGUUUCUAAACCUGAGAAGUACAAUUUGGAGGAUAAAAAAGAAAUAUUGACACUGGAGAGAAAAGUCCCACAAAACAGCUAUUCAGACCUGGAGACUAGAACUGAGAGAAAAGAGUCAACUUCGGUGCAAGGUUUUUCCAAAGAAGAAUCGUGCCAUGUUGCAGUCAUAGACAGAUUGAGAAGGAAUAGUUUCUGUGACUCCAAUUUAGAAGAAACUCCUCACUGUGAAAAUUGGUUAGAAAAUUGGCAGGAAAAUAAAGAGAGACAUUUAAGCAAAGUUUUCACCCACAUACAGUCACUACCUGAAGAAAGAGCUCCUGAGCAUGAUGUAUGUUGGAAAGGUUUUGGUCAGAAACCCAUCUAUCUCACUCAAGAUAGAGUUCCCAAAGGAUCAUAUGCCUUUCACUCACUUGGGAAAAGAUUGAAACAGAAGUCAAACUUAGUGAAAAAACAGAGAGCCUGUAAAGAGAAAAAACCUCAUAAAUGUAAUGACUGUGGUGAACUUUUUACUUACCGUUCAGUGCUUGUUCGACACCAGAGAGUUCACACUGGAGAGAAACCCUAUAGCUGUGAUGAUUGUGGGAAAUCUUUUAGCCACAGAGCUAAUUUAACUAAACAUCAGAGAACUCAUACCAGAAUUCUUUUUGAAUGCCAUGAAUGCAAGAAAGCCUUCACAGAAAGUGCAGCCCUUGCAAUCCAUCAGAGAAUCCACAUUGGGGAGAGACCUUAUGAAUGCAAUGAAUGUGGAAAAGGUUUUAAUCGAAGUACACAUCUCAUGCAGCAUCAGUUGAUUCAUACUGGGGUAAAGCCUUAUGAAUGUAAUGAAUGUGAGAAAGCUUUCAUUCACUCAUCAGCACUCAUCAAACAUCAAAGAACUCAUACUGGAGAAAAACCUUAUAAAUGUCAGGAAUGUGGGAAAUCCUUUAGCCAUUGCUCAUCCCUUACAAAACAUCAGAGAGUUCAUACUGGAGAAAAGCCAUAUGAAUGUAGUGAAUGUGGGAAAACCUUUAGCCAGAGUACACAUCUUGUUCAGCAUCAGAGAAUUCAUACUGGAGAGAAGCCCUAUGAGUGUACUGAUUGUGGUAAAACCUUCAGUCGAAGCUCAAAUUUUGCUAAACAUCAAAGAAUCCAUAUUGGAAAGAAACCGUACAAAUGUUGUGAAUGUGGGAAAGCCUUCAUUCAUUCAUCAGCUCUUAUUCAACACCAGAGAACUCAUACUGGAGAGAAACCCUAUAAAUGUAAUGAAUGUGGCAAAAGCUUUAAAUGUAGUUCAUCCCUCAUCAGACAUCAAAAAAUUCACAGUGAAGAGCAUACCUGAAAAAUUCCUGAAUAUGAAGACAUAUGUAAGUUGUUUCUUUCACUGUUUUAUGUACUGGAAUGUUUAAAAGACCCAUAAAGUGCUUCUUGAUGCCUAAUUCUUUUAUGCAUCUGUUACUUUUUAAAUACAGUUUUGAGCCAUGAAUAAUUGGUUUAUUAAUUAUGAAUACAUUUAACUUCCUAAUACAUGCCUCAGUUUUUAUCCUCUGCUCUCCUAUGUACCUUUUGGUGGAUAGUCAUGAAAUCCUUAGGAAUAUAGUUAAUAAUUACUAUUAGAUCCAAGUUUCCCUAUUUUUCACAUAAAACCCUAUUUGUUGCUUCUUACUUUGUAAGGAAGUUCUUUUCUGGUAUGUUGGGUGAAGAAUUUCUAUCCUUGUAAGAAAGACAUAAUUUGAGUCUUUAUACUUUGGUGUUAUUCUGAACUAGAAAAUGGGUCCAAAUGUUAAC